AUGGAUCCCAUUGAAGUUGUCUCCCGGCCGAUCCAGUUCCAGGGCGGUCUGAAGGCUCUCAACCGGACUUUGAAGAGUGCCAUGACCGAACGUCUCUGUACGUAUGAUGAUGUCGAUCUCGAGGCCCGAGGAAAGCCCACUCCGGAAUACGAAGAGUUGUAUCGCGUUUGGGGUGAGGGAAAGAUCGGAACCAUCAUCUUGGGUAAUAUACCUGUUCACCGCGAGUACCUUGAGGCCAAGGGAAAUGCAAUCAUUGACAAGGACUCCCCAUGGGACCCGGUGAAAGCUUUCAUGCCAGUCAUAGCCGCAGCGAAGGCACACGGCUCUUUGGUGAUUGGACAACUAACUCACGCCGGUAGACAGACACCAUUUCAUGUCAAUCCAAAUCCUGUCUCUGCUUCAGAGACCCAAAGUCCCCCCUUUUUUGGAACAAACUUUGCAAAAGCAAGAUCAUUGAGCGUGGAUGAAAUUCAAGAUGUUGUUGACAGAUUCGCUUACGGAGCGGAGGUGCUCUACAAAGCUGGGGCUGACGGCGCUCAGCUACAUGGGGCACAUGGGUAUCUGCUGUCCCAAUUUUUGUCUCCUCGGGUCAAUAAGCGAACGGAUCAAUACGGUGGACCCUUCGAAAAUCGUAGCCGCAUAGUUUUUGAAAUUAUUGAUGCUGUCAAGAAAAGAGUAACUGAUCCGAAGUUCAUUUUAUCCAUCAAAUAUAACUCCCACGACUUCAUUGAAGGCGGGUUCAGCCAAGAGGACAGUCAGGUGAUGGCCAAAAAAUUAGAGGCUGCAGGAGUUGCAUUGAUUGAGCUAUCCGGGGGCACGUAUGAACUGUUGCCAUUUGAAGAGAAAAAAGAAAGCACGUUGAAAAGGGAGGGAUUUUUCGUCGAGUUUGCUGAUCGCAUCCGCCCUCAUUUAUCCGGUGCCUCAGUCCUCGCGGUGACGGGCGGUUUCCGAACGCUGGAAGGAAUGGCUUCAGCAUUAUCGUCCAAGGACAGGACGUGUGAUGUGGUCGGUCUGGCCCGGCCCUUGAUAUUUGAACCGCACUUUGUUGCCGAUUUGUUGGCCGGAAAGACCAAGCAGGCUCAGGUGUUGGCUCUUGGUUCCAUACUGGUUCCCGUCGCUUACCAUGUAUUCCAAUUGAUCGGUCACAAACAGCCUAUUCCCAAUCUUCAGGACGAAAGAAUCACCAAGGAACUCAUUGAGUUGCUAAGCGCACAAUAG